AUGAGCGAGGAGGCGGGGCGUUGCUACGGAAGCCCUAGGGGCGGGGCUACGGCUGAAAGCAGCAUUCUGAUUGGGCUAGAGGGUGUGUCACUCAGCAUUCCCGCGCUUUCAUUGGAUUUCUGUCCUGCCCUCACGGUGGGUGCUGACCCCAGGUGGCCGCUCUGGCUCUCCCUGUGCCUCGGCGCCUCGCUCGCCGUCGACCGCGGCAACUUCAAGACCUGCGAGCAGAGCGGCUUCUGCAGGCGGCAGCGGCGGAUCCAGCCCGGGAGCUCCCCGUACCGGGCACUGCUGGGCUCCCUGGAGCUCGGCCCCGACGUGGCCAGGAUCCAGCUGGUCAACGAGGCCACGCAGGUGCCGCUGCUGCUGGAGGUGUGGGGGCUCACCGGGAACGUGACUCGCCUGCGCAUCCAGGAGCUGGCCCCGCUGCGACCCCGCUACCAGGUGCCCGACGUGCUGCUGGGAGAGCCACCUGCUGAGAGGCUGGAGGUGACAGGCCGUGACGAGGGCACGCUGGAGCUGUCCCUGGGCCCCGGGGGCCACCGGCUGCUGGUGACAGAGCGGCCGUUCCGCCUGGACCUGCUGCGGCACCGCGAGCUGCUCUGCAGCGUCAACGCCCGCGGCCUCCUCGUCUUCGAGCACCAGCGGCGCCGCCGGGACUCGGACCCCCCCAAGGACCCCCCGGGCGAGGAGGGGGCGGCGCAGGAGGGGCCCGAGGACGGCGCUGGCAGCACCCAGAGCGAGAAGCCCGCGGAGCCCCCGGCAGAGCCCGAGGAGGAGCCGGGGACGUGGGAGGAGACAUUCAAGACACACACGGACAGCAAACCCUACGGACCCACCUCGGUGGGGUUGGAUUUCUCCCUGCCUGGAUUUGAGCACGUGUACGGCAUCCCCGAGCACGCCGACAGCCUGCGGCUGCGGCCCACCGAGGGGGGUGACCCGUACCGCCUGUACAACCUGGACGUGUUCCAGUACGAGGUGUUCACGCCCAUGGCUCUGUACGGCUCCGUGCCGCUGCUGCUCGCCCACCGGCCCCGCCUCAGCCUCGGCCUCUUCUGGCUCAACGCCGCCGAGACCUGGGUGGACAUCGGCUCCAACACGGCCGGCAAG